ACUAACACACCAACCCCUCUAUUUUAAUUCAGUAUAAAAGGUACGUGAUGCUUUACUUCAUAUAUCGCUUCAUUUGUGAUUUAUGCCAAUGGAGGAUGAGAAAAGAUGUGCAGUUGUGACGGGAGCAAACAAAGGAAUAGGAUAUGAAAUAUGUCGUCAACUUGCCAUUCAAGGGGUCCAAGUCAUAUUAACAGCUUUAAAUGAGAGUCAGGGGAUGGAAGCUGUCAAAAAACUUAACCUUCCGAAUGUUAUAUCUCAUCAACUUGAUAUCAAAGAUCCAUCUAGUGUUGCGCGUUUGGCCAACUUCAUCGAAACUCACUUCCGGAAACUUGAUAUCUUGAUCAAUAAUGCAGCAGAAGGUGGAGUAAUUAUACUUGAUGAUAAGCAAUUUAGAGACGGAGGAGGUUUUUUACAAGUUGUUGAUGAGAAAGCACAUCUUAUUGGCAACAUUAUCAAACAACCUUAUGAAUUGGGAGAAGAGUGUCUCAAGACCAAUUACUACGGAACCAAAGCAAUCACAGAAGCACUACUUCCGCUUCUCCGACUCUCUAAAUCUCCAAGGGUCGUCAACAUUACCUCUAUUCAAGGAGACCUAUACUGGUUCCACAACGAAAAGUUGAAAGAAGAGUUGAAAGAUAUCGAAAAUUUGACUGAAGAGAGGCUUGACGAGAUAGUCCAAUGGUUUCUAAGGGACUUAAAGGUUGGUAUGCUAAAGGAGAAUGGAUGGCCACUCACGACUUCUGCUUACAAAGUUUCAAAAGCUGCUCUUAAUGCUUACACGAGGCUAAUGGCUAGAAAGUUUCCAAACAUUAUGGUGAAUUGUGUGCACCCUGGCUACGUUGUAACGGACAUGACAUUUCAAACUGGAUUUCUCACUGCCGAAGAAGGUUCUAAAGGUCCAGUUAUGGUUGCUUUGUUGCCCCACGGUGGACCAUCUGGUGUCUAUUUCGACGAGACACAACAAAUAGUUCCAUUUUCAUCCACUGGAUUGAAAGCUGAAUAAAGGAACAAAUAGUUGAGCAAAGUUUGUGAUCGGUACAAAUGCUGACAUAUGUAACUAUUCUGCAAUGUGUAGUAUGCUUCAAACGACGUUUUUAUUAUUAUUGGUAAAAUGUUGAAUAAUGUGAGUUAUUUUAAAAUAAAAUCACUACUAAAUUUUGUGAUUA